AUGUUCUCGAACCACUUUGUUGUCUCCUUCUUCCUUCUUCUAUGUCUCCCGAUUGUUUUCUUCUUCGUUGCUCCACAUGUAUUCCCUUCUCCUCCCGGCGAAUCUCUCAUCCCAAUCUCCGAUGAGAUCGACGACCAGAGUCUAUUCCUCGCCGCCGCUGGGUCAACCUCACAAUCCCAUCUCUCAUCGGGAACCCCUAACCCUAAGCUCAAGAUUGCCUUUUUGUUCCUCACCAACUCAGAUCUCCAUUUCGCGCCAAUCUGGGAUCGGUUCUUCUCUGGUCAUCCACAAUCGCUCUACAACGUCUACGUCCACGCAGAUCCUUUCGCCAAUGUCACAAGACCUGGGAAUGGCUCUGUGUUCAAGAACGCCUUUAUUGCGAACGCAAAGCGCACCGCACGGGCUUCACCGACUCUUAUCUCCGCCACGCGACGGCUUCUAGCCACCGCAUUCCUCGACGACCCUGCCAACACCUACUUCGCUGUGCUCUCUCAGUACUGCAUUCCUCUCCACUCUUUCAAUUAUGUUUACAGCUCCCUCUUUGAAUCCUCCACUUUCGAUAAAUCCGAUCCGGAUCCAACUCCGAAUCCUAGAGGUAUCAGGAUUUGGUAUCGGAGCUUUAUCGAGCUUAUAUCCGAUGAGCCGAGGCUUUGGAAACGGUACAAUGCUCGGGGAAGGUAUGCGAUGAUGCCGGAGGUACCGUUUGAGAAAUUCCGGGUUGGUUCGCAGUUUUUUGUCAUGACAAGAAGACAUGCUUUGCUAACGAUCAAAGAUCGGAUCUUGUGGCGGAAAUUCAAGCUACCGUGUUAUCGUUCCGAUGAGUGUUACCCGGAAGAGCAUUAUUUCCCGACGCUGUUGAACAUGAGAGAUCCGGAUGGGUGCACCGGGUAUACAUUGACCCGGGUUAACUGGACUGGCACUGUGAAAGGACAUCCGUAUACUUACAAACCGAAGGAAGUCUUGCCCGAGCUGAUCAAGAAACUCCGGCAAUCGAAACACUCAAGCUCCUACUUUUUUGCACGCAAGUUUACUCCUGAUUGCUUGAAGCCAUUGUUGGCAAUUGCAGACUCGGUGAUUUUCAGAGAUUAA